AUGGAAGCUGAAAAAUUGUCAUCAUUGCUGUUAAUCAAAGAGGAAAAGAAUUUGGAGGAGGGCCUUAUUGAAAACACAGGAGAAGGCUCUUCAUUUGCAGACCCCCUCUUAGAAGUCAAGGCAGAACCAGAAUUUUUUGACCAUGGUGAAUUUGAUGUGAACUGUUCAUCCCAAUCUGUUAAGUAUGAGGAGGGCAUCUCUCCAAGCUGUGAUGAUGAAAGAGUAAAGAUCUGUAUUGCAGAAGAAAGUAGGCAUUUUGGCAGGAGAGAUGCAUUUUCAAAAAGAGAGAAAUCCCACAUGAGAACCCAUAGAGAGAAACCACAUACUUGUUCUAUAUGUCAAAAAAGUUUUUCUCAAUCAACUAAUUUCAAAAGACACAUGAGAACUCAUACAGGAGAACAACCAUAUAAUUGUUCUAUAUGUAAAAGAAGUUUUUCUCAAUCAAGUGAUCUCAAAAGACACAUAAGAACUCACACAAGAGAAAAACCAUAUACUUGCUCUAUAUGUCAAAAAAGUUUUUCUCUCUCAACUAAUCUCAAAGACAUGAGAAUCACAAGAGAAAAACAUAUAAUUGUUCUAUAUGUCAAGUCUCAAUAA